CGACAAGUUUGACAACUGACAAUAUUUUUAAAUUGUUUGAUUUGAUUGCAUUUUGUAGGUUAGAAUAUUAAAAAUAGAAUAAAAAUAGUUCGUACGCUUGUUUUUUAGUGUUUUAUUAAAAAGUGUGCCAAAACUUUAAUACAAAAUGAAUCCUAUGACUAAUAUGAAAAAUGUGCUGAAGCUGAGUGAACGUGAACUCGGUGGUGCAUCCAAGAGCUCCUGGCAUGACCAGUAUAAGCACAGCGCUUGGAUAUUUAUUGGAGGCUUGCCCUAUGAUCUUACAGAGGGUGAUGUAAUUUGUGUCUUUUCACAGUAUGGUGAAAUAGUGAACAUAAACUUAGUGAGAGAUAAAGCAACUGGAAAAUCAAAGGGAUUUGCAUUUAUAUGUUACGAAGACCAACGGUCCACAGUGCUGGCUGUAGAUAAUUUAAAUGGAUUAAAAAUUUUAAACAGGACUAUCAGAGUGGAUCACUGUGAGCAGUACAGAGCACCAAAUGCUGACAUGUCGAAAGUAGAUGAGGUGACUGCAUCAAUUAGGAUGGAAGGAUGUGCACCACUGAUUGCUAGAAAACCUGAAACUGUUGUGAAUACAGAAAUUGAAGAGGAAAAAGAUUCUAAAGAAAAAGUAAAAGAAGGCAGAGUAAAAAAGAAGAAAGAAAAGAAGAGUAAAAAGAAAAAAGAAAAGAAAAGUAAAAAAAGGAAAAAGAAGAAGAGCAGAAGUUCAUCUUCAGAUUCAGAAUCUAGUGAUUAGUU